ACCUUGGCUUCAACACGCUAUAUUUUCUUGUUCUCUCUCUUCUUGAUAUAUCUUUCAGAUCUUCUUGGAUUCGGCUUUGGCGUUGCACGCAAAUCUCUCGUUCAACGCUAUGUCCGAAACGACUGAGGGAUCCGAACUUCAAAAUGGUUUCCAGCCACAACCCCGACCCGAACCCGAACCGGAAUCGGAAUUGAAAGUAGAAUCUCAACCUGAACAACAACCGGAAGAGGAGCUGAAACCGGAACCUGUAGUAACUGAUGCCGAUCCGAAGCCGGAGCCGAACAAUGAGAGCUCGAUCCAAUCGAAUGAGACGACCAAACAAGCUUCAACCGACCAAGUUGCUCCUCCAGGGCGGCGUAAAGAUGAGGAGAACCGGACUUUCACGAUGAGAGAAUUGCUAAGUGAAUUGAAAAGCGACGAAGAUGAUGCAGGGUCUCCUUACAGUCAAGAAAACACGCAACGUCAGUCCUACCAAAAUAAUGCUGCAAUGGAGUUGAUCAAUAGUGUCACUGGUACGGAUGAGGAAGGCAGGUCUCGUCAACGGAUUCUUGUAUAUGCUGCCAGGAGGUAUGCUACUGCACUGGAGAGAAACCCAGAAGAUUAUGACGCUCUCUACAAUUGGGCAUUGGUUCUUCAGGAAAGUGCAGAUAAUGUUAGUCCAGAUUCUACUUCACCUUCUAAAGAUGCCUUGCUAGAGGAGGCUUGUAAAAAGUAUGACGAGGCUACUCGUCUUUGCCCAACACUUCAUGAUGCUUUCUACAACUGGGCUAUAGCAAUCUCUGAUCGAGCAAAAAUGCGUGGUCGGACCAAAGAGGCUGAAGAACUAUGGGAGCAGGCAACAAAAAACUAUGAAAAAGCUGUCCAGCUCAACUGGAAUAGCCCCCAGGCUCUAAACAAUUGGGGACUUGCUCUUCAGGAACUCAGUGCUAUUGUUCCAGCUCGGGAGAAGCAAAAAAUUGUCAGGACUGCAAUUAGUAAGUUUCGUGCUGCAAUACAGUUGCAAUUUGAUUUCCAUCGAGCAAUAUACAACCUUGGAACUGUUCUGUAUGGACUAGCUGAGGAUACCUUAAGACAAGGUUCGCCGAAUCUGAAAGAAGUUUCCCCAGAUGAGCUGUAUAGCCAGUCUGCUAUCUAUAUUGCGGCUGCUCAUGCACUGAAACCAAAUUACUCGGUUUACAGCAGUGCCUUGAGGCUUGUUCGUUCAAUGCUACCUUUACCCCAUCUUAAGGAUGGGUAUCUUACUGCACCACCAGUAGGAAAUUCAAUGGCUCCUCAUGGUGCUUGGAAGAGAACAGAGUUCUUUUUGAAUCAUGAAGCACUUCAACAGGUCAUCAGAGUUGAUCAGAGACAAAUUACCCGGAGCCUCUCUGGAAGAACUUCAGAUGUAACAGAUAUGGACAAAAGGGCUAUAAGAGUUGAUAUUCCAGAUAUUGUUUCUGUAUCAGCAUGUGCUGAUCUGACUUUACCACCAGGUGCAGGUCUCUGUAUCGAUACCACCUCUGGUCCAGUUUUCUUGGUUGCUGACUCGUGGGAAUCACUAGACGGAUGGCUUGACGCCAUUCGCUUAGUUUACACAAUUUAUGCACGAGGUAAGACUGAUAUUCUGGCGGGUAUCAUUACGGGCUAAUUGUUGCUUUAUGUAAGAACCUUUCAUUUUUUUUUUUUUAGUUUAUUUGCAUUACUUUCAGAUUUCCUCGGAUCUAAUUUUACUCCUGUUAUUAUCAAAAUUUUUGGAAUACUGUCUGGUUAAGCUAUUUAUUUGGCAUCUCAACUGAUAUUUUGAUCA